GUUCCUGAAAACACUGAUCCUUCUGUACUGAUGCCUAAAGAGUCGACAAGAAAGCAGUCUAUUGAUUUUGAGGGUGCUCUGAGCCAUCAGUCCAAUGCUUCAGGCUAUGACAAUGCUGGAGGUGGCGGUAGCUCUCAGAAUCCUGCUCCAUUUGGAAUUGAAGCAUUAUCAGAUCUUCAGGACAAGAACGAUAUGGACGCAUCAAUAGAUUCAAAAAAUGAUAAAAUUUCUUUGGAUUUCAGAGACCAAGAAGUACCUGGGGGAGAUGGGGGGCAGACUUCUUCGGGCUUAGGCCUUAAUACAUGUCCCAGUAUCAGUUCUUCCCUCAGCCAGUCUAUCACUAUCCAGCCUCGAUCUGCCUCGGAUACACGCCAGCCUGUAGAUUCUCAAAGCCUGACUAGCCUGGGCCCGGUCCUACGACAUGAUGAAGCGGAGAUUAUGGAGGCAUCGGAAAAUCCCGACUCAGCUAGUGAUACUUCUGCUAUCCCCUCUAGGGUGACCUUUCAGCACCUUUAUCCAGGUCAGAGAGGACAAUUACAUGAUCGAGCCGCAUUUGACGUUGCCAAUCGAAGCCAAUUAAAAAUUGCGGCAGAGCUAGCUAAGGAGCGGCAGCAAUUUGAGAAUCAGGUCGCACCAGGCGUUGGUGAAGACCAGCAUAAUGAAGUUGAAAUUGACAACCUCUCCUCAAAGGAGGCCGACGAAGUUUCACAAACUCAGCGCACUUUGGAUGCAGACCAGGAAAUGGUUGGUCGUUUAUUCUUUAUAGCUUUACUAUUUAUGAUACAUUUCUGCAAACUUCUUCACUGCUAA